AUGACCUACACCAUUAAGAAGAAGCAAAACCUGUGGACAAGGCCGGGCCCCCGUCAAUUAAUCGAGGGGGUGGUGGAGGAACUUCCGCAGGUGCCAGCAGCGAUCGUGCGUCAGACCUCGCGGACCCCAGCCAUGUCGAGAGCAGGAGCUGCCAGUGCCGUCACCUCUCUGGUGUAUCACAUCGCUCAGAAAACCGUCAGCUCAGGCCUCAGAAGUGUCAUCGUUCAUCUCACCAACUCCUCGUCUAGCGUCCUGAUAAAUCCACAGGUUUACACCAGCAGUGGAUACUCCUACGACCCCCCACAGCCCACGGUGGGAAAGGGGGCCACAGAAGUCUGUGCUUUUGGGCAAACAAAGGGAACUGCACGUGGUUCUGUGGGGGUCCUGACUUAUGACAUCGCCAAAGACCGGAAGAUUGAAGCAGUCAAGCGUCUGGCCAUCAUGUUCUCUGUGCCUUUCGACUACAAUCUCUACGAGAACUGGUUUGCCCUGGCUGAGAAAAAGUAA